AUGGAUACACAGAGCCGUCAACGCUUACGUCCCUGGCUUGAAGCCAAGAUUAACUCUAAUACAAUUCCUGGACUUCAGUGGCUGGACAGUUCACAACAAAUAUUUCGGGUACCAUGGAAACAUGGUGGAAAACAUGACUGGCAUGAGGAGGACUCGAUGAUCUUUAAGGAAUGGGCUAUCCACACUGGACGUUACAGAGAGGGAGUGGACAAUGCAGAAUGGCCCACCUGGAAAACACGCUUUAGAUGUGCUCUCAACAAAUUACCUGACAUUGUGGAAGUCAAAGAAAAAAGUUCACUGGAUGGAGCUGAGCCCUACAGGGCUUAUAAGUUCAUACCAAGGAGAGAUUCAAAACAUAUCAAGAGUCCAUCAGUGACAGCAUCACAGUACACUACACCACUGGAUAUGGGACAAACUAUGGAUCUCACUACACGACAAGAUGAUGAUAAUCUUUUGCAUGGAAUUGACCUUGAUUUCUUCAAUGAAGUCACCACUAUGGAAACUGAAAAUUACGUUCCAAAUCAACAUAAUGGUCAUCCCUGUCAGUUUCAUUCCCAUAUUCCUGUUAUUGUCCCUACAACAAAAAGAGAAGAAGGACCGAUGUCCCCGGCUAUGGGAGAGAUCGUCCCAGCCCAGUCAAAUGCACAUCACAUGAUGUCUAGUGGAGACCUGGCAGUCCAACAGGCAGAGCCCCCAGACUAUGAAAUGGACAUCAAAUUGAUGUAUCGUCACUUGGAUGUCCAUCAAUCCACUUGUAGUAACGCCACAGGUUGUCGACUGUUCUACGGACAGGAUCCCGAGAUCAAAGAUGUAGUACAACAGGCGGUGUUCGGACCAGAUGGACUGGAGAACAUAUGCUUCCCUCAUUGUGAUGGGAUACUUAGGAACCAGAAACAAGUGACCUUGACCAAUCAGUUGUUGAACGCCCUUGACCGAGGGAUCAUUCUGGAGUGUGAGAAUGGCAAUAUAUAUGCAACCAGGAAGUGCAAAUGUGUUGUUUUCGUUUCUUCACAAUCUCUAGAGGAAGGCAAACCUACGAAACUCCAGCGUGAUAUAAGAACUCUCAUUUUUAAUUACCAGACAUACUUUGAACCCAUGUUGUACAGAUACAUCAGCAACAAUUCAAACAAACCCUCUCCUGAAAUCUUAUUUGGAUUUGGCCAAAACUGGCGAGCAAAUGACCAGCCCUUGAGCAACUUGUUGAUUGCUGCUGUGGUAGGCAGUGCCAAAGCCAGGCAUAAGAUUUCACAGAUUAGCUUCAUGAGUCCACAUUCACUGCCGAUGGAAGUGUCCAAUUCCGAUGACUUUGACAAGUUCUUAAAAUUAUAUAAGAAUGUAGAAUGUUACUGAAAUGACUGCACAAAAUUGACUUUCUUUGUUGUCAUCCAUAUUACAUUGUAAGAGUAUACGUUGGUUUGUUUAUAACACAUUUAAGGUGAAUCAAGAGUACUUGAUGCCGUUAUUGUUAGGGAUUCUAAUUUUUGCCAUAUUCAAGGAAUAUAUAAAAUCAUCAAAGAUAGAUAUACCUUAAAAAUGAAAUAAUAAUGAAAAUCCGAGCCCGUUACUUGAUUUCCAUAAAAAAUGGUUUUUUUUCAUAAAACUGUACAAAUUUGAAAUAUACAGAAAAUAAAUCCCAAAUUAUGGAAUAAAUCUGAGCCCGUUACUUGAUUUCCAUAAAAAAUGGGUUUUUUACAUAAAACUGUACAAAUUUGAAAUAUACAGAAAAUAAAUCCCAAACUAUGGUAUAUAUAUAUAUAUUUGACCGAUAUUUAGACCAAUACUUUAAAGUUGUGUGGAUAAUAGUACUUUAA